AUGACUGAAUCGAUGAGUAAAUGUACAUUUACAGAAAGAAGUGGAGAAACGUUUGAAGACUAUACAGCUGUAACAGACUGGGAAGUUUUCACACAAGAACUGGAAAAUCUUCUAAUCAGUUGGGUAAUAAAGGAUGACAUUGUAUCUUUUACAGAUUGUGGACGUCUUUACUUUUGUGGAAAGCUGAAAUUCAGUAAAAGAGUAUUCAGUCUGUUUUACUACAAAUAUAAGGAAUCUGGAAAAGAGGAUAAGAAAUCAACCAGUUCAGUUCAACCUAAUGAUACACGAACAUCUGCUCACCUUAUCACUCGAGUCCCGGAUUUCAGCCAACGAUAUCUACUUCCAUUGUUUUGCCUUCUAUCAAUGGGUUCCAUUUUGCUUAUCAAUCCAGGGAAUAUUGUUCUUUCUACCUCAUUUUGCUUGGCAGACAUUCGCCACACAUCUAAUGGGUGGAAAUCUAGAAGCGAUUUUAGAUAUGGCGUAUAA